UUGAGAGAGAGAGAGAGAGAGAGAGAGAGAGAGAGAGAGAGAGAGAGAGAGAGGGCGUUUAUUUCACAACUCAAUUCUAAGAAACACUAGUGUGACUACGACACCUAUGGCAGUCAUUAACCUCAGUGCGUUAUAUACUGUACAUUAUAUAUGUAGCUAAAGUAUCUAUCUGUAUAUAUAGAGAGAGAGAGAGAUAGAGAGCGCAGACGGGUUUAGCACAGAGGCGCUUGUCUGCAGCACUCUAACGAGGACAGCCGUUCAACUCGCUUCAGUAAAUGAAGAUCGCUCUGCCCCGCAGCUCGGCUGUGGAGAUCACACCCAUGGAAAUACGUACCUGCCUCGCGUGGAUCUCCAGCACCGCGCGCAAUGCUUGUUAAAUUAGCACUUGGUGUAUUUUUGCAGCUGGAAAAUGAUAUAUACAUCUAUAAAGCGUUGCGUUUGGAAGAGAGGGGGAACGGUUUGUGACUGCGCAGGAUCUGCGCGGAUGUGUGCCGCCCGGUUUUUUAAAUGCAGUGCUUGUGCCGUCCUCGGACUGCGAUGCACCUGACGCCUUUCUUCGUUUGGGAUUACUUUGGCACCGAGUCUUUUUGCUUAUUUCUGACGGGGUUUGAUGAGGACAGCGAGCUGAAAACCGAUUCACUUCGGUCUGUUUGCCCCCGACAGCCCUGCGCAACCGCUACAACUUUGUGGACUAAACCGACAUGGAUGGUGAAGCAGCGCCGGUGUUCCCGUUAGAUCUCCGGACAACCCGCAAAGCAGGGAGCACCAGGGAGAGUAUUACUACCACUGAUAAAACCAGUAUUAAACAGGCCAGUAGACUGGAAACCAGUGCAAACACAAGCCAACUGGAAAGGACCGGGAGAAUGGGGUGCAAGGAUGAGGCGGCAGGACAGAGGCAGGACUGGGGAACAGAGUCCAGCGUGCAGGGACCCUGCACAGUUCCACCCCGCGGUCUUUUUGCACAUGGGUCACCGGGUUAUCAAGCAUUGGUGCCGAGCUAUAGCGCACAGACUUACCCAUACCCGGUACCGUACGACGUUGACUCUGUAUGGAGACCGCCCUUGGUCCAUAUAAGCAAUGGUAGCGGACUCAACGGUGUCUACCUCUCUGUUAACCAACAGAGAGAGCAUGGACCGUGGGGAAAUGUCCCUUGGAGAGGCCAAACCGGCGCGGUUUCCCCGCUGACCACUAAAACUACAAACGCAACUCCCAGGACCGCCGAUUCUUUAGAACGGCCGCAGAGCGCCGCCUCGUCUUCGCCCGUGUGCAAAACCGAACCGCCGCCGAACUCGCACGAAGGCGCCAAGGCGCCCGAUAAGCCCGCCCUAUCCCUGCCGUUGAGAAAGCGACCUUACCCGGCCGUGGAGACCGAGGAAAGCCGUUCGGGGGCCCCCAGCCCUUCAGCCCCCGGCAAAAAAGAACCCAGCAGCUCCCCCCCAGCACAGGACCGGGAGACCGGAGGCACCCCGGCCAAGCAGCAGCGGGGGCCGGCAGUCGAUGCUCGGUGUCCCGCAGACGCACGAGUUCUGCCGGGCUCGCAGGCUCACGUAUUCCCCGAACGGAAGGCGGUUGUUGACGGCAUGUAUUUCAGGAUGCCGGUACCAGGAGGCGUGGUCAGGUCACCUUAUUGCCCAGUGCCGGUCCCCUUCCCCCAGGCUGGGUACCCGUACUGCCCUGUGCCCGCGACUCAACUCUACCUGGGCGGGGUUAUUAGCAUGCCGACUCCGCCCUUUCCAGUCAUCUACCCAAUGGAGGAAAAGCUGGCUGCUGACAUCGCCAUGGCGACCAGACAGGAUGAAGAUGGAGACACAGCUCUGCACAUCGCUGUGGUUCAGGGACAUGAGCUGAUGGUGCUGGCCCUCACUCACAUCCUGCAGCAGGGCAAGAGAGAUCUGGACACGUACAACAACCUGAGACAGACUCCUCUGCACUUGGCGGUGAUUACCCAUCAGCCCCAGCUGGUCGGUCACCUGGUUGGUCAGGGCGCCAGUGCGAUGCUGCUGGACCGGAACGGCCAGACUGCGAUCCACCUGGCCUGCGAACACAGCCAGCAAGACUGUCUGCAAGAGAUACUGGGCCAGAGCCAGGACAAACUGGACCUGGAGGCCAGGAACUACCAAGGCUUCACUCCUCUACACAUCGCUGUGAAUAACAAUGGAAAGGACUUGCUGGCCACGCUGCUGAGCAGAGGAGCCGACAUCGACGCUGUGGAUAUUAAAAGCGGGCGCAGCCCUCUCAUUCACGCAGUGGAAAACAACAGCCUGGGAAUGGUGAACUUCCUGAUCGAGCAUGGGGCCCAUGUGAAUGCUCAGAGCUACUCCGGUAACACCGCGCUGCACUCGGCCAGCGGCCGGGGGCUCCUGGACAUCACCAGGGUGCUGCUGAAGAACGGGGCCGACUGCGGCAUCAAGAACUACCACAACGACACGGCCCUCAUGGUGGCAAAGAACAAGAAGGUGAUUGACGCGCUGAGGGGGAAGGGGUCAAGGGUCGGAGCCAAUCCCAAACUCCCCGAGAUCACCGCGGAGCUCCUCGCCUCUCCACACGACAGCCGCAGCUCGUCGAGCUCGCCCACGCACACACACAACGGAAACUCAAUCCCAUCGCCUGGCCCCGCCCCUCGACGCUCCCCAUUGGCUGCUCCUCCAGUUCAACACCAACACCACCUCCUGGCCCCGCCCCCUUCCUCCAGCCCUCUGCUAGCUCCUCCCCAGAGACCUCCAGCCAGCCAAUCCAGCGAGGGACAGCGGCUGUCGCCGGGCAGAGAUGAAAGCCACGUGCAAUGCCGGUCUUACCAGCCAGGGGGAGCUCUGAGCCCAGCAGCCUUGCCUAACUUCCACAGCUUCAGUAAUGGACCCCCUUUCAGUCCCGGGGUCCUGUACGCCAAACAGGGACACUACAGGAACCUGCCACAGGGAUAUUACCUGGAGGGGCCGUGCAUCCCCCACCCCACUGCCUUCCUCCAGCCCUACCUCCUCCCGUCUCCCGCAAGAGCGUCCAAUCACCCGCUCGCAGGGAUCUCUCUGGACCAAUCGCAGCCCUCCUUUGACUCCCAGAGCCCUGCGCCGCUCAAGACCCGCCCCUCCAGCAGGAGCAGUGACCAAUCGGACGUGUCUACCAUGAGCGUCAGCAGCGGGGGCAAAGGUGAAAGUUGACGACCCCCCCACCCCCCCCACUAAAACUCACUAAAACUAGCGUCUUCGAUCAUUAGACAUUGAGCCAUGCAGACAUGCGUGCCAGCUCUGGUGCCUUCUCAGCUGGAGGGAGAGGAUUCGCUGAAGGGGGGAGAGG